GGCAGCUAAUCUGGAAAGCUCAACGUAGGUGGCGCUUGUGUAGUUGGAGGUCACGUCAACUCGUCAAAUCAAUUUACUUAUAAGUAAAUAUUGCGUUUAUUUGGUUUUGUGAAUUUAUUUUAAGAAAAUAAAAUGCCCCAAUGUUGUGUUGUGCCUUUGUGCUCAUCGAGAACAUCAGGACACAGGUUUUCCUAAAGAUAGUUUGAUGAGAAAAAAGUGGAUUAUCGCCAUAAGAAGGGAUAAAUAUGUGCCAACAAUAAAUGCUCGUAUCUGCAACAAACAUUUUGUGAAAACAGAUUAUGUAUUGCCCCUGGAUUCGAAUGUAAAAAAUCCAAAGCCUCGGCUCAAGAAAAAUGUUAUACCAAGCCAAUUUAGCUGGACUGAAAAGAAACGGGAAUCAGCCAAGCAGAGAAAAGAACGGAUGAUAAAACGAGCUCUAAGAAAAGAAUCAUCACAUUUGUCAUCCAUCAGUUCAUCUAACCCAGUCCCACCAGAACCUUGCGAUGAAGUCGAAGUAGAGUCUACACCAAUCGAAAUAAAUGACCAUGAAGAUGAACUUAUAGAUAAAUGUGAUGCAUCCACUAUGACUAGUACACCACUUAACUCAUUUUGUAUCGAAAAUUUGCAAUGUGAGUCUAAGUUGGAAGAACUCAAAUUCUAUACUGGGUUUGAUAGUGGUGAACAUUUUUGGCUUGUUUUUAACAUUUUAGGUCCCGCAGUGAACCAUCUCUUAUAUUAUCCAACUGGAUCUAAAAUGAGUGUCCGUGUACUAACUCCAGCAAAUGAGUUUUUACUUACUAUUGUUAAGUUAAGACGAAAUAUGAUAAAUAAAGAACUGUCAUUUUAAUUUGAUAUAAGUGAGGCAUUAGUUAGCCGUAUAUUUAUCACAUGGAUCAACUUUAUUUACUGUCAAUUUCGAGAACUUAAUAUCUGGAUACCACUUUACAUUGCUAAAGAAAAUGCUAAGUUUAAAGGCCGGCAAUGUGCUAGUACAGUUAUUAUAGAUUGUACUGAGGUGAAAAUAGAUCAGCCCAAAAAUCCAGUAUCACAACAGCUUACAUACUCAACAUACAAAUCAUGUAAUACACUAAAAGUUUUAGUUGGCAUUUCAAGUACAGGUAGCAUAUCUUUUGUUUCCGAUAGUUAUGGAGGUUCCAUUAGUGAUAGAUGCUUGUUUGAAAAGUGCGGUUUGUCUAAUUUGCUGGAAAAAAAUGAUAUAGUAUUAGCAGAUCGAGGUUUUCAGAUUCAAGACAUUUUAGCAUUAAAAGAUGUGACUGUCAAUAUGCCAGAUUUUUUGAAAAACAAAUCUGACCAGCUUGAGCCUCACCAGCUUUGUCGCUCAAAAAAAAUUUCAUCUAAUAGGAUACAUAUUGAGAGAGUAAUUGGUCUGGGCAAAACAUACAAGAUUCUAAAGUAUUUGUCGAGCAAUUUAGUACCAUUGGGAAGCAGAAUAAUAUUUGUAUGUUUUAUGUUAGCAAAUUUCCGUAGCAACAUAAUGGACAAAAAUUAAUAAAACAGAAAUACUA